AACAGCAAGUCUGGAACAGGAGGAGAAACACGUUGUGGAAGACUCGUAUUGAUUCGGCUUUCAACUUUCUGUGGGCAAACUGGAGAAGAUCAUUUAGUCAGCGAUUGAAUUGAAGUACCUCAUAAUAGUUUGGAGAUUUUUGGGUGAUCAUUUGCCGCGAUUCGCUUUUGUGUUUGGAAGUUAAUAGAGGGCUGCUGCAAUGUGGAUUCAGGUGCGCACCAUGGAUGGCAAGGAGACCCACCGGGUGGACUCCCUGUCCAAGCUCACCAAAGUGGACGACCUGCGGCUGAAGAUCAGCGAGCUCUUUAAGGUGGAGCCCGAUAUGCAGAGGCUCUUCUACAGGGGAAAGCAGAUGGAGGAUGGCCACACCAUCUUUGACUACAACGUGGGUCUGAAUGACAUUGUUCAGCUGCUGGUGCGGCAGAGCCUCCCCCAAGCCCCCCUCCCCAAGGAGAAGGAGGCCGAGCUUUCAGACUCGGACUCCGGUUGUGGCUCUGCCCAGAGCGAGUCGGAUAAGGGCUCGACACACGGCGAGGGGGACGGACAGACCGCAGGAAGCUCCGCCCAGACAGACGCCCUAGACUUGAUUGACCCAGGCUUCGGAUUCUACAAGAUAAAUGAGUUUGUGGACGCCCGAGAUUUGAACAUGGGCGCAUGGUUUGAGGCGAAGAUUGUGAACAUCACGAAGAAGACCAAAGACUCGGCAGAGGGAGACGCACAGAAUGAGGCGGCAGAGGAGGAGAUCCGUUACCACGUGAAAUAUGAAGAUUACCCAGACUACGGGGUGGUAGAGCUGGCCGGUAAGGACGUGCGUCCGCGGGCGCGUAUCGUGUACCAGUGGCACCAGCUGGAGGAGGGCAUGGUGGUGAUGCUGAACUACAACCCAGACGAGCCAAAGGACCGUGGCUACUGGUACGACGCCCAGAUCCAGAAGAAGAAAGAGACCCGCACGCAGAAGGAGAUCUACGCCAAGAUACUGCUGGGGGAAUCUGGGGACACUCUGACUGACUGCCGCAUCAUGUUUGUGACGGAGAUCUACAAGAUCGAGGAGCCCGGCAGCAAGGAGGGAGCAGAGGCGGGAUCAGAGAGUCCACUGAAGAGGUCCAAUGGGCCGGAGUGUAAGCACUGUAAGGACAACCCCAGCAAGGCGUGCCGCUGGUGUAACUGCCACGUGUGCGGCGUGAAGCAGGACCCCGACAAGCAACUGUUGUGUGACGAGUGUGACAUGGCCUUCCACACGUACUGCCUCAACCCCCCGCUGGAGAGCAUCCCAGAGGACGAGGACUGGUACUGCCCAGAGUGCAGGAACGAUGUGAGUGAGGUGGUGUUGGCAGGAGAGAAGCUGAAGGAGAGCAAGAAGAAAUCCAAGAUGGCGUCUGCCAACUCCUCCAGCCAGAGGGACUGGGGAAAGGGCAUGGCUUGUGUGGGGCGCACUAAGCAGUGCACCAUCGUCCCCUCCAACCACCACGGCCCCGUGCCAGGCGUGCCCGUCGGAACCCAGUGGAAGUUUCGGGUGCAGGUCAGUGAGUCUGGCGUUCACAGGCCCCAUGUAGCUGGGAUCCACGGCAGGAGUAAUGAUGGGGCGUACUCUCUGGUGCUGGCCGGCGGCUAUGAGGACGACGUGGAUGAUGGGAAUGAGUUUACCUACACAGGCUCUGGUGGCCGGGAUCUGUCUGGGAAUAAGAGAACAGCUGAACAGUCAUGUGACCAGAAGCUGACCAAUAUGAACAGGGCGUUGGCGUUGAACUGUAAUGCAGCGGUGAAUGAGAAGAACGGUGCGGAGGCAAAGGACUGGAAGGCGGGCAAACCGGUGCGGGUGGUGCGCAGUUCCAAGGGCCGCAAGCACAGCAAGUUCUCCCCUGAGGACGGCAACCGCUACGACGGCAUCUACAAGGUGCAGAAGUACUGGCCGGAGAAGGGCAAGUCUGGCUUCCUGGUGUGGAGAUACCUGCUGAAGAGGGACGAUGACGAGCCUGCCCCCUGGACCAGAGAUGGGAAGGAGCGCGUCAAGAAGCUGGGCCUCACCAUACAGUACCCUGAUGGCUACCUGGAAGCCGUGGCAGCUAAGGAGAAGGAGAAGGAGAACAAGAACAUGGAGGAAGAAGAGCAGGAGCCAGAGACACCCAGCAAGGGGAAGAGGAAAAGGAAAUCCCAGAAAGUGGAGGCAGAGGAGAAGGGCUCCCCACGGAAGAGCCCCGCCAAGAAGACGAAAGUGGAGGCGUACAAGCUGAGCCGCGAGCAGAAGUCGCUCAUCAAGGCGGACGAGCUCAACAAGAAGGUCUGGGGUGAAGCCAUGGAGUCCCUCAGUCUGGGGCCGAAAUUCCUGAAUAAAGUGGAGGAAGUGUUCAUGUGCAUCUGCUGCCAGGACGUGGUGUUCCAGCCUGUCACCACAGAGUGCCUACACAACGUCUGCAGGGAAUGCCUUCAUAGGUCCUUCAAGGCCGACGUGUACUCGUGCCCUGCGUGCAGGCACGAUCUGGGAAAGACCUACGAGAUGAGCGUGAACAAGUCCCUCCAGACCGUCCUCAACCAGCUUUUCCCAGGCUACAGCAGCGGCCGAUGAUGCCCGCCGCCCCCCUGCUCGGCCCCGCGCCAACAACAUGAACUCUGAGGGCAAUUUUCAAACAACUCCAUCUGUUCCUGCUAAUGUAUUUAACAUGUAAUGACUUUAAAAUCAGGGUGUCGGGCUGCCCCCCUGCCCCCACCUCCACACGUGAUGAGAGCGUGGGUUCAAUGAAAUGCAAUCAGUUCCUGUCUAAAUUGCCUUAAUUUAGCCAGUCAUAUUACGUAGAGUUUGACGGCCUGAGUGAGAGUCGCUAGAAUUCCUGCUUGUAACAUAUCCCCACAUUCCGUUAGCGCUAGACUGGGAUUGGAUGUGUUUUUAAACGGGUGAUCAGAAGGUUAGGUGUCACGAGUCGGCAUCACCGUUGCUGUUAAUUGUCUAGAAUGCUGUACAGCCAUACACAACCCCCCCACAAACAAACACACACACACUCAAGGUUCACUGUCCAGGUGUAUGAAUUGUGUUAAUUCAGCUUCCUCCCCCAGUCUGCAGUGACGCAGACGAUAGAUGCAGAUGAUUGACUUCAGAACAGAUGCGAGUUAGCUGUUUCCUUAUCUACUCUCUCCUGGCUUUGAGCUGAAGUCAAUGAAAGUACAAAAGCUCUGAGGCUGGCACAGUCUCUCUCUCUCCCCCCGUCUGUCUGUCUCUUUCUUUCUUUCUUUCUCUGUGAGACUGAUGGGUGUCUGGUGCACCAUGGAGUAGUGACUGAGAUGUGCUGUCCUGGACCUUUGUAUCUCCAGUGUUAAUGAGUCAGCUGCCCCUUCCCCAAACUUAACUCCCCCCACCUUGUUGAUUUGAUAUUUUAGCUUUAACAUUCCUGUAAGUUACUAUCAUACACUUUACUUUUAUACGCUAUUGGUGCGGUAUAUAAUUCCGUCAUACUUACUAGCUUUUUGUUGUGAUGGACAUAAUCGCCAGUUUGUAAGAUAAAUGUAGCCAAGUAAUAUUCCCUCGUAUAUUUGGUUUGUUUUAGCGUUUAAUCCAAAUGUAGUUACCAUGUGAUUGGAAGAUUGAGAAGAUCCAAAGAUCCCACUAUGCCCUAACACUUUUCCCUAGAAAAGAUUUAAUUGUGAACCUGUAAACUGAUGUACACAAUGAGGUGUUCUCACACACCUCUCCCAAUGUUUCUCCUUAGGUGAAGAAGUGAAGAGCAAUUUUCUCAACAAAAAAAAUUAAAAUAAAUAAUCAAACAAAAACAAAAAAACAUCCAUGCAAUUUUGGUUUCCUUUCCGUUUUAUAAUUGCCGAAGGCUGCAGACGUUAUUUCCUCUUUUUAGAUUAUACCUCAGCUGUUUCUAUUCAUAUUUUAUAGACUGGAAAUGUAUAUUCUGAAAUUGUUUAUAUUUUAGCACUUGUUCAGCAGUUGUAUUUUUCUCUGUAGGUGUCGGCAUAUAGCGGUUUCUGGACACAGAUUUUGUGCAGAUUUUCAAUAAAUUCUUAUUGACCCUUUUUCUAAAAAUGAAA